AUGAAGCAAAAACCAGCCAAGAAGCUAACGGAGCGAGGUAGAUAUGCCCAAACCGGUCUACUCAUCCUUCAGAACCUGUCCCACCGAGGCAGUACCUGGCCGCAGACGUGCAUCGAAGCGAUCCGGGCAUUGGAAGCCGCGCUGAGCGAGCAGCCCCCGGAUCACGCACCCUACACCCAUCUCCACCCGCCGUAUAUCCAGAACGUGCAGCUUCCGAGCCAGAACCAUACGCUCAACGCGCCUGGCCAUCCAAAUCCGCUCCUCCACGUGUUGCCAUCCCAGCCCAGCGCGUUACAUCAUGCGGGACAAGCAGGGCCCGGGGCAACGAAUCAAACGACCGGGGAGGCGAAUCAAACUCAACCCCCACCGGGGCUAGAUAUCGAGGGCCCCACGGUCGAGCAGUCGAUAUUCGGGGAGGCAGCGCUGGGGAUUCCUAAUUCUUCCGAGGGGCUGCCUUUUCUUCUGGGGGAGGUGGAGAAUCUGGAUCUGUGGAGUGUGGCGGAUGCGCCGUGGUUGAUCCAGGAGAGUUACGAUGUGAGCAGUUUUCAUCACUUCACGGGGUAA